UUAUCGAUGACAGAGACAUAAGUUCAAGGACCAUUACUCGUCUAUAAUAUAUGGACCCCACUAUACUCAACCCUCAUUUGUUCCUCGCCGGCUUCCGGCAAGAGUGGAGUGAGAGAAUAUACUAUAACAGCAAAAUUCAAAAAACCAGACAAUAUCCGCUUCAAACGACGACGCUUCUCCCUUCUUCCGCUCCUAUCUCCAUUUCUGCAUUUCCGCACAAUUAUAUAUACAUAAGCGUUAGAUAUAUACAGAGAUAGGCAUUUAUAUUUAUCCGUAAAUAAAAAUGUCGGAGGAUGAGAAAUUGUUGAAGGAGGCGAAGAAGUUGCCAUGGGAGGAUCGGCUGAUGCACAAGAAUUGGAAAGUACGGAAUGAUGCAAACAUUGAUUUGGCCGCCGUUUGCGACUCCAUCACGUAUCCCAAGGACCAUCGCCUCCGUGAAUAUGGUCCAUUUUUUAAGAAGACGCUGGCGGAUUCGAAUUCGCCAGUUCAAGAGAAGGCUCUGGAUGCACUCAUUGCAUACUUAAAAGCUGCCGAUGCUGAUGCCGGGAGAUGUGGGAAAGAAGUAUGUGAUGUGAUAGUGGACAAAUGUUUAACUGGGAGGCCGAAGACGGUGGAGAGGGCGCAGACAGCUUUUAUGCUGUGGGUAGAGUUGGAGGCUGUCGAGGCUUUCUUGAAAAAAGAGUUGGAAGCUGAGCUUGUCAAUGUCAUAGGGACUGCAAAGCCGACUCGCAAAAUAAGAUCUGAGCAAGGCAAGGAGCCAGAACAGGAAGCUGUUUCUGAUGUUGUGGGAUCUGGCCCUUCUGAAGAACCUGCUGCAGACGGCAAGAUUUUACUUAUUCCAGAGGUGAUAGAUGAGUAUGAACUUGUUGAUCCAGUUGAUAUAUUGACACCUUUGGAGAAGUUAGGAUUUUGGGAUGGAGUGAAAGCUUCUAAGUGGUCCGAGCGAAAAGAAGGAGUUUCAGAGUUGACCAAACUCGCUUCGACUGAAAGGAUUGCUCCUGGAGAUUUUACAGAAAUUUGCCGAACACUAAAGAAGCUUAUUACAGACGUGAACAUUGCUGUUGCAGUUGAAGCAAUCCAAGCAACUGGAAAUCUUGCCAGUGGUUUGAGAACCCAUUUCUCUGGAAAUUCUCGCUUCUUAUUGCCCGUAUUGCUGGAAAAACUUAAAGAGAAGAAGCCUACUUUAAUGGAGGCGCUUACUCAAACUCUUCAGGCGAUGCACAAGCGGGGAUGCUUAAAUCUUGCUGACAUUGUUGAAGGAAUCUUUGCUGAAUAUAAAAGUUCUUUUGUCGCGGACGUUAAGACAGCAAUAAAAAAUAAAGUUCCUCUUGUAAGAUCAUUGACCUUGAACUGGGUUACUUUUUGUAUUGAGACAAGCAACAAGGCUCUAAUCCUCAAAGUUCACAAGGAAUAUGUUCCAAUCUGCAUGGAGUGCUUCAAUGGUGGAACACCUGAAGUAAGGGAUGCAGCAUUUUUAGCUCUGGCUGCCGUAGCCAAAGGUACCCUCACUGGGUUUUCCUUUCCACUGUCAAUCCGUCAAGUUGUAGUUCUCAUGCAGCGCUGAUAUUUUAUUUUUUGCAAUUGUAUUUUCC